AUGGGGCCUGUAAUAGCUGAAAGGCUGAUCUUUGGAACCUGUGGAGUCCAAAGUCCCUUCUCCUUUGUGGGGCUGACUCCCAGGGAGUUUGGGGCCGUGAACCCCGCGCAGGCCGCCCGGCAGGGCGCGGCUCGGGGGCCCCUCGCUCGGCGGGGCCGCGGGCGGAGGCGCCGCGGUCCCGGGCUCCCGCGGCCGCCCGGGGCCGGCAGUCGGGAGGCGGGGGGGCGGCAGGAAUGCGGGGCAGCCCCCGCCGCGCCCCCGGAAGCGUUGGGCGGCCGCGGGCUGGCGGGCGCGCAGGGCAGGGCAAGGGCAGAGACGCGGCCCGGCGCGGCGCCCCGCAGCCCGCGAUGCCCUCGGAGCGCCGGCGCGCUGCCCACGCCGCGGGCAAUGGUGAGCACGGGCGGCCGCUCCCCGCGGGACCCGCCGGGCGGCCUCGCUGGCUCCGCCCACAGGCCUCCUACUCCUGCUGCUGCUGCUGCGAGGCACCGGGGCCGCAGAAAAGGUGGGGCAGAGCGGGCGGCGACCCCGCUGCCGGGGCUGCGCCAGGACAACCCUCCGGGGCUCUGCUGCUGCGAGGGGCAGCCCCCGCCGCUGGGGGAGGUGGCGGCGGGAGGGCUUCGCCCCGGCGAGGUACGCCCGGGGGGACUCGGGAGGGAGCCGGGGCUGUGGAGGCAGUUCGGGGGCACAGGGCACGCCGGGGGCGGAGGGCGCCGUGGGAUUUGCCCUCCUGGACAACAUCCCGUGGGGGGGCAGCUGCCCGAGGCGCCGGGGUUUGUCCUCCUUCAGACUCCGUGUGAAGUGGUUGGUGUGAGCGAGGAGGCGGAUGAAGGGGAGAUUCUGCUUGCUGUGAAAAUGAGCUUACACGCGCCCAAGAGUGAUGGAUGUGGACACACUGUUCUGGGCCCUGAAAGUGGAACUCUUGCUUCCAUAAACUACCCACGGACAUCUCCCAACAGCACAGUUUGUGAAUGGGAAAUUCGGGUAAAGCCUGGGCAGCGAGUUCAGCUCAAAUUCGGCGAUUUUGAUAUUGAUGACUCAGAUUCUUGUCAUUCCAGUUACCUAAGAGUUCACAAUGGAAUUGGCCCCAACAGGACAGAGAUAGGAAAAUACUGUGGGUUUGACUUUCAAAUGGAUGGUUUAAUUACUUCAAAAAGUAACGAGGUCACAGUACAGUUCAUGAGCGGGAUUCACGCUUCUGGACGUGGAUUUCUUGCAGCUUAUUCAACCACUGACAAAUCAGACUUAAUUACCUGUUUAGACAAUGCAAGUCACUUUUCCGAACCAGAAUUCAAUAAGUAUUGUCCAGCUGGAUGUGUGAUCCCUUUUGCUGAUAUUUCAGGCACUAUUCCCCAUGGAUACCGAGAUUCGUCAUCACUUUGUAUGGCUGGUGUUCACGCAGGCGUUGUGUCAAAUACUCUGGGUGGCCAAAUUAACGUUGUGAUCAGCAAGGGCAUUCCCUACUAUGAAGGCUCCUUGGCUAACAACGUCACCUCAAAGGUGGGACCUUUAUCUACAAGUCUCUUCACCUUUAAGACAAGUGGUUGUUAUGGGACACUGGGGAUGGAAUCUGGGGUAAUUCCUGAUUCCCAGAUCACUUCAUCGUCUGUUCUUGAGUGGCCUAACCAAACAGGACAAGUAAACAUUUGGAAACCUGAAAAUGCCAGACUAAAAAGGGUUGGUCCUCCUUGGGCUGCUCUUAUCAGUGAUGAACAUCAGUGGUUGCAGAUUGAUUUGAAUAAAGAAAAGAAAAUAACAGGCAUUAUAACUACUGGAUCAACUUUAGCAGAGUACUACUAUUAUGUCUCAGCCUACAGAAUUUUAUACAGUGAUGAUGCACAGAAGUGGACAGUGUACAGAGAACCUGGCAUGGAUAAAGAUAAGGUAUUUCAAGGGAAUACUGAAUUGUACCAGGAAGUUCGCAAUAAUUUCAUUCCGCCUAUUAUUGCACGCUUUUUUAGGAUUAACCCCUUAAAAUGGCACCAGAAAAUUGCAAUGAAAGUAGAACUGCUAGGAUGUCAGUUUAGCAUAGGUCGUGCUCCUAAAAUCACCUUGCCACCACCACCACCACCACCUCAGAACAAGAAUGAUGAGAAGAAUGCUGACUUCAUUGAUGACUUCAUUCAUUCAGUGAAGACUUCAUUGCAGACAGAUAAAACAACUUUCACACCUGAAAUAAAGAACACUACAGUGACUCCAAGUGUAACCAAAGAUGUGGCAUUGGCAGCAGUUCUGGUUCCAGUGCUGGUGAUGGUCUUCACUACUCUGAUUCUUAUCUCAGUUUGUGCAUGGCAUUGGAGAAACCGCAAGAAAAAAACUGAGGGCACAUAUGAUCUACCUUACUGGGAUCGUGCAGGAUGGUGGAAAGGAAUGAAACAGUUCCUCCCGACCAAAUCAGCAGAACAUGAAGAAACUCCUGUACGCUACAGCAGCAGUGAAAUUAGUCACCUGAGACCAAGAGAAGUCCCAACAAUGUUGCAAACAGAGUCUGCAGAAUAUGCUCAGCCCCUGGUAGGGGGAAUUGUCGGCACACUUCAUCAGAGAUCAACCUUCAAACCAGAGGAAGGAAAAGAAGCAAGUUAUGCUGAUCUGGACCCUUACAAUUCACCCAUACAAGAAGUUUACCACGCCUACGCCGAACCACUGCCUAUAACUGGACCAGAGUACGCAACUCCCAUAAUCAUGGACAUGUCCAGCCAUCCCAGCACACCUCUUGGCAUUCCUUCCAUUUCCACCUUCAAAGCUGCAGGGAAUCAAGCUCCUCCACUGGUUGGAGCUUGCAGUAAACUGUUAUCUAGGACAGACAGUGCCUCAUCAGCACAGGCACUGUACGACAUACCAAAGGGGCAGCCGGGGCCGGGCAGCACCGACGAACUGGUGUACCAGGUACCGCAGAGCGUGGCCCAUCCCACUGGGAGCAAGGAUGAACUCAGUUAGCUCACGAGUAAGACAGAAUGAUGGCUUGUUUUUAAAAGCCAGUUCCAUAAAGCUGACAGUUCCAUUUUUUUUUUUUAAUUCCAUUGUUUUGAUAUUGUUAGUCUUAAAUAAUACAAUGUUGAACCAAAAGAUGUGGUAUUGGAGGUCUGGGAAGACAGAAAUUCUGCCUUUCCUAAAGCUGUACGUACAAUUAACAGCUUGUCUCCUGCAAAACCGUGGACUUUUUUAUUACUACUGUACAAUUGUCUGUCAGACAUGAGAGAAGAACUCUUCAUGAUUAGCUUCAGUAAUUCAUAGAUGUGAAUGAUAAAUGGGGAGAAACAAUUUAAAGUACUAAAGCCAGUUCUUUCUUCCUAAUGGUACUAUUUCUUGGGGGGAAAAAAUCCCACCCCAAACCCCAAAGCUCCUAACUUUCUAAGAUCUAUAUGUAGGCACUGCAGCUUCUAAAAUCCCUUUUUUCAUAUCAAAUGUCUGCACAAUUUUGGACUUUACCAACUACUGUCAUGACUGAUGGCAAAAAUACUAUUAACUUUAAGACAUAAAAUAUUUUUGUUUCUGAAUUACAUUAUUGCAGCUUGUGUUCACAGGAUGAGGAAUCAUCAGUUGUCUGUUCCUCUGAAGGUUCCUGUCUUUGGUUAGCCUUCCAAAACUAGAAGCUGCUGUCUCUGUGUCUUUCUGUUUCGUCUCCUUAAGCCACUCAGUCUUGUUCCUUCCUAGGGAUCCAGGAGGCACAAAUUCACACAAGGAAACUACAUGCCAACUGCUUUUUCAUUUUUCCCUCCUGAGUGAAGGCUACUCUGAAUAGCAUCUGCCUCCAAGUCAGACUUCCCUAAUGGUCAGUGUGCAGGAAGCAUCCAGGUGUUGGAGGUGACUGAAUUCAGAAAGGCCCUGCCCUGCCCUCCCCCAAAGUGUCUAUUGUUGUGUGUUCAGGUGUGAGCUUAUACAAAGAAAGAUCUGUAUAUACUUCUGUGAGUGCUUAAGGAAGCACACAAAUAUUCUAAUGGUGCACAGUUUGUGUUACACAUGCAUUUAGCACAUAUGGUACGUUUUAGCACAACUGACAAACUUUAGCCUUACUGUUUUUCUUGUGAUUGUUCUUACUAAAAGUAUACAGGAUUCCAAAACCUUUGCAAAAGAACCAGUACUGUUCCAAAGAGUGUCCAUUUCAGACUUAUUUAAUGGAAUUUGUAUCCUUUGAAUGUUCCAGUGUUCUCUACUAUAAAAAUACUGCAGUAAGUCUUCUACUGAAGUAAUGUAGACUAGUUUUAGCUAGGUAAUCACAAAAUGAAAACAGUUUGAAUACCAUGUUUGCCAUUUUUUAUCUUGUUAAAAAAGAAAAAGCACAGCUUUCUUACCUAAGUAGUAGGGGGGCAAAAAAACCCCACAAUAAAAAUUCUUUAUUUUUUUCCUAACAGCAGUGUUGGGAGGAUGCUGAAUUAAUUCAUACAUGUGAGACCCCCUACCUAGACAGUAGCCCACUUUUAUGGACUUCAGUGGUUGUGAUGUAAUUCAAAGCCUUGUUUACUACCCAGGUCCUUAAAUAAGGUGGAGAACAUUAAAUCAAAAGUAAAAUACUGUUCAAAGAGUGGCUGCCACCAUGCCUUAAUACCCAGUAUGGUAUCCUCACUUACCACUUGAAAAGUUGUUUGCAGAGGGGCUGUAUAUAAACUCUGUAACAAAAAUUGCUUGUGGCCUGUUCAACAUCUAAAAUGUUAUUAUGUAGAAACACAGAAUGGUCUGGGUUGGAAGGGACCUUAAAGAUCAUCUCAUUCCAACGCCCCUGCCCUGGGCACCUCCCACUAGACCAGGUUGCUCAAGCCCCAUCCAACGCGGCCUUAAACACUUACAGGGAUGGGGCAGCCACAACUUC